AUGUUACACUUGACGACUCUGCAAGUUCCUCGUUGGUUAGGCUUCGAGCGUAACAUUCAGUGCUUGCAUUUACACGGCUUUUGCGACGCUUCAUCUAAAGCCUAUGCAGCGGUAGUCUAUUCAAAAAUUGUCACGAAUUCUGGCGAUAGUCAUGUUCGACUUCUCCUAUCAAAAACCAAGGUUGCUCCGAUUAAAACGAUUUCGAUUCCACGACUCGAGCUCUGUGCGGCUCAGCUGCUAGCACGCUGUAUUUCGUUUACUAUUGACGCGAUGAAAUUGCAAAACAUUCCUGUGUUUUGCUGGAGUGACUCGACAAUCGUAUUAGCAUGGUUGCAAAAGGCUCCAUCAGAUUUAAAAGUAUUUGUAGCUAACAGAGUGUCUUCUAUUCAAACGAAGCUUUCUACGGCGACAUGGCUGCAUGUGCCAACAGAAGAUAAUCCCGCAGAUUGCGCAUCGCGCGGCAUAAAUCCAGCUCAGCUAACGCCUUCCAGUUCUUGGUGGAACGGCCCGGCAUGGCUGAAAUUUAACGAGGAUAAUUGGCCAGUUCAAUCUACGAUAAGUUGCACCGAAGAUGAUUCCGAAUUGAAAGCGUCAAAUGCAGUCCACUCGCAUCAUUCAAAUCGAGCGGAACUUUUUGAAUCCUUCAAUCAUAUCUCCACGUGGCCACGCUUACUACGGGUCACCGCAUACGUCCUUCGGUUCAAGUUUCGAACGAAAGUCCCAGAUGUUGCUCAAGGUCUCUCUAUUUUGCAAGUCGAUGAAAUAAAAACCGCGCACAGAUUCUGGAUUAAACAGAUGCAAACGGAAUACUUUUCAAAAGAAAUCGUCGCUUUCAAAGCCAAGUCGAGAUGGGAACUUGCGAGAAUCAUCGAAUGUAAGCCUGACAAGGAUGGCCUGGUGCGAGUUGCUCAGGUCAAGACCGCGUCUUCUACUUUUGUAAGACCUAUUGUUAAACUCUGUAAAUUGCCGGUAAGUCCGGACGGUUCAGCGUAA